AUGUCUGCUCUCGGUCCCGAAUCCGUGCCAACUUCGGCCGACCCCCGCUCCCAACGUCCAACAAAGAAGCGCGCUCUCACGCCCGUCUCAGCGCAAGCAGCCUCCGUAGAAGCCCUUUUCGCAAAGCCCGACCAAAACAUCCGUAUCCCCGACCCCUCAGCCCCCGGCAGCGGCUCCGCCGUCCUACGUUCCGCACCUCCGGAAAUCGUUACUAACGUUCAGGGCUCCAGCGCUGGAGCCGGCUCGGGCGAGUUCCACGUCUACAAGGCCAGUCGCCGACGCGAGUACGAGCGUCUACGCGGCAUGGAUGAGGAUCUUCGUCGCGAGAAGGACAUCGAAGAGUUUACCAAGGACAAGAGUGACCGCGAUCGCAAGGACGAGGAGCGCACACGCAAAAACCGCGAGAAGAGAGAAAAGAUGAAAGCUCGCAAGGGCAAAAAGGGCAAAGGUCCCGCUGGUGCGACAGACAAGAAACCUAACACGACGCUGUCAAGAGGCGACUCCCCAUUCGAGGACAACGAUGCUAUUGUAACAAAUGCUGCUGAUAUUGAUUCUAAGACCCAUGCUGGCAAGGAUGGCUUGGCAUCAGCAUCGUUCAUGCAACCUGCAGGCCUGGUCAUUCACGACGAAGACGACUGA